ACUCCGAGAUGUUCACACUUUGAUGUUCGAAACCAUCUAUAUAAAGUUCAAACACAUUUCCUGCCUGAAACAACUCGAAACUCACUCAACUCAGCAAAUCCAAGCGAGAAAGAGAAAGCAAUAUGUCUGGGUGUCCUCCUGGGAAGAGCUCGUGGCCGGAGUUGGUCGGAACUAACGGAGAGAGUGCGAAGACGACGAUCGAGAAUGAGAAUCCCGAUGUGGGCGCCAUAGUGUUGCUGGAUGGAACUCCAGUCACCAAGGACUCAAGGUGUGAUAGGGUCUGGGUUUGGGUUGAUAGAAACGGCCAGGUUGUACGUGCUCCUAGAAUUGGCUAAGAUCCUUUGCUUAUAUAUGGAUUGCCAUAACAUAAUACAUAAUGUAAUAGCUUAAUGUUGUUUGUCGAUCUCAUUGAAAUAAUCAUAAGUAUGUUAAUGUA